CUCUAAACCUCAGCAAAACUCUCAGGUGAACACAAACUCGUACCUAAGAAAAGGAUUUUGUGUUAGAAACAGUAUCGCUACAUCUUUACAACUUAACAUUUGGACUUGGUCAAGAUGAUUAACGCCGUUCUUGUCUUCAACAACGCUGGGCAGCCAAGGCUGACGAAGUUCUACACCCAACUGGAAACAAGUGUACAACAGAGGCUGAUCUCCGAAAUAUUCACACUGGUCUCGAAUCGCGCGCCUGGAUCCUGCAACUUCCUGCCACUGCCACCCCUCCUCUCCUCUCAGUCCACUCCGUCUCAUGCGGCUUCUACAACACCAUCAAAUGACGUGCCGUCACUCGUAACAUACCGACACUAUGCGACACUCUAUUUUAUCAUUAUAUCCACAUCAACCGAGUCGCCUUUAGCACUGAUCGACCUUAUCCAGGUUUAUGUCGAGGCUUUGGAUAGGUUGUUUGAGAACGUCUGCGAGCUAGAUCUCAUCUUCAACUUCGAAACUUUACACGCAACACUUAGCGAGAUGAUCGUGGGAGGGGUAGUGGUGGAAACGGGACUGGAUAAGGUCGUCGAAGGGGUGAGGAGUCAAGGAAAGAUCCCAAGGCGGCCGGUAAAUGAAGGUACAAGAAAUAUAGGCCUGGGAGGGGGUUUCUCGUCAUGGGCGGGCAGGUGAAAGUCUGAAGACCGAGCAAGGAAUACCACCAAGACGUCCUCCCUGGACGAGGUCGGCCAAUGAGGGACUUGUUGAUUCGGAGUUCUCACUCCUAGAAGCCAAUACGGAAACAUACGGAGAGGGACCACGGGCCUCGUAAUGAAAGCCCCACGGUCUCCAGGAUGGACGAACAAUAUCGUAUAACUAUCUCCCCACCGGCUCCAGAGUAGAGUCUAUCUAUCUCAUACAGGAAUCAGGCUCCAUUAAUAAUACAAAAAGCCAACGCCCCAGAUCAAUAUAACUCCCGGCCCUCUAUGCAAUAUUUCCACAAGGUCUCAUCCCCGACUAUUGUACAUUUGUUUUCGAACCAGCUCCCUCUGCUCCUUCCCGUCGCUGCCCUCUUUCCGGGUUCGUCGUCCAUAUUGAGCCCGUCAUCUCGCGGAAUUUGUUUCGCAGCUACAACUGGUCAGCUUUUUAUUGCUAUGUAGGAUAGGAUUUACUGACCGCUUGGAAUGGCUCAUUUUCUUGCUUCCAAUCGGCGAAUAAUACACCGUAGACAGUAACAACUGCAGGCUGGAUUAGACAAUGUUCCAUAGCUUCACACGAGGCCACAUACAAAC